UCGCUGCGCGCCGCUAGCGCUGAAGGAAGGAAGUUGGCGUUGGAGCGGCCUGGGCUGUGUGGGCAAGGCCGCGGGCAGCUGCGGCUGCUGCUACGACCAGCUGAGUCCGGCGCGAUGGGAGACGAGAUGGAUGCCAUGAUCCCCGAGCGGGAGAUGAAGGAUUUUCAGUUUAGAGCACUGAAAAAAGUGAGAAUCUUUGACUCCCCUGAGGAGUUGCCCAAGGAGCGCUGCAGUCUGCUUGCCCUGUCCAACAAGUAUGGCCUGGUCUUCGCUGGAGGAGCCAGUGGGUUGCAAGUUUUUACUACUAAAAAUCUUCUUAUUCAAAAUAAACCUGGAGACGAUCCCAAUAAGAUAGUUGAUAAAGUUCAGAGUUUGCUAGUUCCUAUGAAAUUCCCGAUACAUCACCUGGCUCUGAGCUGUGAUAACCUCACGCUCUCCGUGUGCAUGAUGUCCAGUGAAUAUGGUUCCAUUAUCGCUUUUUUUGAUGUCCGCACAUUCUCAAAUGAGGCUAAACAGCAGAAGCGGCCGUUUGCCUAUCAUAAGCUGUUGAAAGAUGCAGGAGGCAUGGUGAUUGACAUGAAGUGGAACCCCACUGUCCCUGCCAUGGUGGCCGUUUGUCUGGCUGAUGGCAGCAUUGCUGUGCUGCAAGUUACAGAGACAGUGAAAGUGUGUGCGACGCUUCCUUCCACCAUAGGAGUAACGUCUGUGUGCUGGAGCCCCAAAGGAAAGCAGCUGGCAGUGGGAAAACAGAAUGGAACUGUGGUCCAGUAUCUUCCUACUUUGCAGGAAAAAAAAGUCAUUCCUUGUCCUCCGUUUUAUGAGUCAGAUCAUCCUGUCAGAGUUCUAGACGUGCUGUGGAUCGGUACAUAUGUCUUCACAAUAGUAUACGCUGCUGCAGAUGGGACCUUGGAAACGUCUCCAGAUGUGGUGAUGGCUCUCCUCCCGAAAAAAGAAGAAAAGCACCCAGAGGUGUUCGUGAACUUCAUGGAGCCCUGCUACGGCAGCUGCACGGAGAGGCAGCACCAUUACUUUCUCAGUUACGUUGAAGAAUGGGAUUUAGUGCUGGCAGCAUCUGCAGCCUCAACAGAAGUUAGCAUCCUUGCUCGGCAAAGCGAUCAGGUGAAUUGGGAAUCUUGGCUGCUGGAGGAUUCUAGCCGCGCUGAACUGCCUGUGACGGACAGGAACGAUGACUCCCUGCCCGUGGGAGUCGCCAUCGAUUACACUAACCAGGUGGAGGCCGCCAUCGAUGAUGAGAAGACUCUUCCUCCUGCUCCAGUUCUUAUGUUACUUUCAACAGAUGGUGUGCUUUGUCCGUUUUAUAUGAUCAAUCAAAAUCCCGGGGUUAGGUCCCUCAUCAGAACACCAGAACGACUCUCAUUAGAAGGAGAGCGACAACCCAAGUCAUCAGGAAGUACUCCCACUACUCCAACCUCUCAAGCCCCACAGAAACUCGAUGCUUCGGCCGCCACAGGGCCCGUCUGUGUUCCACCUUCAUUGUUGGCUGCUCCCACCUCCACCUUCUCUUUGCCUUCUGUCGUUGGAACCCCCGCCGCGUUCUCCUUUGGUUCUGCAUCCCUGAAAUCCUCUGGCUCUGUCCCUGGGGAGCCCCCUCCUUACUCCAGUGGCUCUGACAAUUCCAAAGCAUCUCUGUUCUCUGGUGCACCCACCUUCUCUUUUGCUCCUCCCUCUCAAGCCUCCCCAGCCCCUACCCCUGUGGCCUCUCCCAUGGCACCACCAGCUGCUUCGUUCUCCUUUGGAUCAUCGGGGUUUAAACCUGCCAUGGAAAGCACAUCAAUGCCAAGUGUGUCCGCUCCAAACAUCGGAAUGAAACCCUCCUUCCCACCCUCAGCCUCCACGGUUAAGGUCAACCUUAGCGAAAAGUUCACUGCCGUGGCUGCCUCUGCUGCUGGUAACAGCUCUCAGAGCCUGCCCUCCGUGCUGCCGUUCUCCUCUGCCUCCAAGCCAGCUCCGGGGCCUCUCAGCCACCCCACGCCCCUGUCUGCGUCAUCCAGGUCGUCAGUCUCUCCCUCAGCUGCAGCAGGGCGAUCAGCUCCGGGUGGUCCGAGCCCAGUGCCCUUGGGGGGGCAGAAAUCGCCCAGGAUAACCCCUCCAGUGGCAAAGGCAGGCUCUCCCCAGGCAAAAUCACUUCAGCCUCCUGUUCCAGAAAAGCAAGGACAUCAGUGGAAAGACUCAGAUCCUGUGAUGAUGGGAAUUGCGGAGGAGAUCGCGCACUUUCAGAAGGAGCUGGAAGAGCUGAAAGCCCGAACUUCGAAAGCCUGUUUCCAAGUGGGCACAACUGAGGAGAUGAAGAUGCUGCGAACAGAAUCCGAUGAUUUGCACACGUUUCUUCUGGAAAUUAAAGAGACCACAGAGUCUCUUCAUGGAGACAUAAGUGCCCUGAAAACAACUUUGCUUGAGGGCUUUGCUGGUGUUGAAGAAGCUAGAGAACAAAAUGAGAGAAAUCGUGACUCUGGAUAUCUGCAUUUGCUCUAUAAGAGACCGCUGGACCCCAAGAGCGAAGCCCAGCUCCAGGAAAUUCGGCGCCUUCAUCAGUAUGUGAAAUUUGCUGUCCAAGACGUGAAUGAUGUUUUAGACUUGGAGUGGGAUCGGCACCUGGAACAAAAGAGAAAACAGAAGCGCCUGCUUGUGCCAGAGCGAGAGACGCUGUUUAACACCCUAGCCAACAACCGGGAAAUCAUCAACCAGCAGAGGAAGAGGUUGAAUCACUUGGUGGACAGCCUCCAGCAGCUCCGUCUCUAUAACCAUACUUCCCGAUGGAGCAUUCCCGCGGCCGUUCCGUCCCAGAGUAGCAGUUACAGUCUUGACAGUGACCUGGAAAGCCUGCGCGAUGCUUUGUUGAAAACCACCAUAGACGGUCACACUAACCCUUUGCCCAGGGUACCAGCUAAACUGUCCUCUGUGAAACAGGCACAGCUGAGAAACUUCUUGGCCAAGAGGAAGACCCCACCAGUGAGAUCCACUGCGCCAGCCAGCCUGUCUCGGUCAGCCUUCCUGUCUCAGAGAUACUAUGAAGACUUGGAUGAAGUCAGCUCGACAUCGUCCGUCUCCCAGUCCUUGGAGAGUGAAGAUGCUCGGGCGCCUGGUAAAGACGACGACGCGAUGGUCCAGGUCGCCCCCGCUCGGCACGCCCCCGUGGUCCGCACUCCUUCCAUCCAACCCGGUCUCCUGCCCCAGGCGGCGCCUCCUUUUGCUAAAUCCCACCUGAUGCCUGGUCCCCCAGGUGUGAUGGGAACUUCAGUGUCUACGUCUGCUAGCAAAAUCAUUCCUCAAGGGGCUGAUAGCACAAUGUUCGCAACAAAAACCGUGAAGCACGGUGCACCUGGGCCCUCCCACCCCAUCUCAGCUCCCCAGGCGGCUGCUGCCGCAGCCCUGAGACGACAGAUGGCCAGUCAGGUGCCAGCUGUAAGUACUUUGACGGAAUCAACUUUGAAGACUGUCCCUCAAGUGGUAAAUGUGCAGGAAUUGAAUAAUCCUUCACCCACCUCUGCAGCCAUCGGUUCUUCCGUGUCCUACUCUGCAGCCAAACCGCCUCAUCCAGUGUUGGCCCCAGUGGCUGCUAAUAACCAAGCGAAGCAGGGAUCGGUAAUAAAUUCCCUAAAGAUGCCUGGGCCCACAACAACCUCCGGUCAGUUGUCAUCCAGUGAUAAAGCUUUGGGGCCAGGGGCAACCAAGAUAGAAACAGCUGUGACUUCUACCCCAUCUGCUGUUGGGCAGUUCAACAAGCCUUUCUCAUUUUCUCCAUCAGGGACUGGCUUUAAUUUUGGGAUAAUCACACCAACACCGUCUUCCAAUUUCACUGCCACACAAGGGGCCACACCCCCUGCUAAAGAGUCAAACCAGCUGGACACAUUCUCCUUUGGGGGGGGAGGCAAACCUUUAUACGAGACCGUUCCUGAAAGCUCCUCUCCCUCACGAAUGACACCGUCAAACACCAGUGGAGCUGCCACUGCUUCUCCAGGAGAGUCGGCUCCGUCGAGCAGCAGGCCUGUGGCACCUUCUGGAAUUGCUCUUUCCACCCCUUCCAGCAAGUUGGAAACCCCGUCCAAGUUGGGAGAGCUGCUGUUUCCAAGUUCUUUGGCUGGCGAGACUCUAGGAAGUUUCUCAGGACUGCGGGUUGGCCAAGCCGAUGAUUCCACAAAGCCAGCCAGUAAGGCUUCGUCCACAAGCCUCACUAGUGCACAGCCAACCAAGACGUCACUCGUGCCCUCGGGGUUUAAUUUUACUGGCCCUUCUGUGUUAGGGAAGCACACGGAGCCCCCUGGCACCUCCUCUGUGACCGCCACCACAGUAGCACCACCAGCAGCAGCCACCAGCACCAGCAGUUCCACGGCUGGUGUCUUUGGCAGCCUGCCACUCACCAGUGCAAGCUCCUCUGGGGCGCUCAGUUUUGGUGGGAUCUCUCUAAGUAGUAGCAAGACGAGCUUUUCAUUUGGAAGCCAACAGGCCGGUAGUACAGGACCCCUAUCUGCCCCCCCACCAGCCACCACUACCACUCCCCUUCCGACAUCGUUCCCCACCUUGUCAUUUAGUAGCCUCCUGAGUGCCACCUCUGCUCCCACCCUGCCUGCGUCCUCUACUAAAAGCACAGAGGAGACUGCGUCGUCAUCUUUGCCUGAGAAGCCAGGCAACAGUGAGGUCUCAGUGUCCACGGCCCCGCUUCCCCAGGCUCCUCUGCAGACUUCUGACUCCGUGAAGAAAGAACCUGCUCCUGCCCAGCCUGCAGGCAGCAGCCCCAGCGCUGCAGCUUCUAGCGCCAGUCUCCUGGCACCUUCUGUAGAGGCCAUGCCAGCAGCCACCGGGGCCCCCGAUGUCAAGACAGAACCGGUGUCUCCUCCUCCCACCCCUUCGGUGGCUGGGCAGACUGCUGGCACAGCAGCAGCAACCCCAAGUGCAUUCCCUGUAACCUCAGAAGCAUCGAGUCCCCCCACAACCUCCAGUGCUGUCCCCAGUGCUGCCCCGAGCCCAGCUACAGAUACAGCGGUGUUUGGGACUGUCACUUCGGGCUCAUCUGUCAUCCCUCAGUCACCUGCCGCCAGUUCUAACUCAGCUUUCAGCCAGCUCACCAGCAGCAGCACGGGCACUGCCCCUUCGGCCACCCCCACGUUUGGGCAGGUGGCAGCCAGCACCGCACCAAGCCUGUUUGGGCAGCAGACAGGCAGCAUAGCUAGCACGGCCACCACCAGCACGCCACAGGUCAGCAGCUCAGGGUUCAGCAGUCCAGCUUUUGGCACCUCCGCCACAGGGGUCUUUGGACAGACGACAUUUGGGCAAGCCCCGGCCUUCGGGCAGUCGACGAGCAGCCCUGCUGCGAGCGGCUUUUCCUUCGGUCAGCCCGGGUUCAGCUCCGGCCCUGCUUUUGGUCAGUCCGGGGCCUCUUCCCCAUCUUCCAGUGGGAAUGUCUUUGGUGCCCCUUCCAGCACCAGCAGCCCCUGCUCGUUCUCCUUUGGACAGUCUUCUGCCAGCACAGGCGGGGGCAUGUUCGGCCAAAGCAACACCCCUGCUUUUGGCCAGAGCCCCGGCUUUGGGCAGGGAAGCUCUGUGUUUGGUGGCAACUCGGCCACCACCACCACGGCGUCAUCCUCUGGGUUUAGCUUUUGUCAAGCUUCAGGAUUUGGGUCUAGUAAUACUGGUUCUUUGUUUGGUCAAGCAGCCAGUACUGGUGGAACAGUCUUUGGCCAGCAGUCAUCGUCUUCCAGUGGUAGCGUGUUUGGGUCUGGAAACACUGGAAGAGGGGGAGGUUUCUUCAGUGGCCUUGGCGGGAAACCCAGCCAGGAUGCAGCCAACAAAAACCCAUUCAGCUCAGCCAGCGGGGGCUUCGGAUCUACAACCACCCCAAAUACCUCUAACCUAUUCGGAAACAGUGGGGCCAAGACAUUCGGUGGAUUUGCCAGCUCGUCAUUUGGAGAACAGAAACCUGCUGGCACUUUCAGCUCUGGAGGAGGAAGUGUGGCAUCCCAAGGCUUUGGGUUUCCCGUUCCGAAUAAGACAGGUGGCUUCGGUGCUGCUCCAGUGUUUGGCAGCCCUCCUACUUUUGGGGGAUCCCCUGGGUUUGGAGGGGUGCCAGCAUUCGGUUCAGCCCCAGCCUUUACAAGCCCUCUGGGCUCGACGGGAGGCAAAGUGUUCGGAGAGGGCACUGCGGCUGCCAGCGCAGGAGGAUUCGGGUUUGGGAGCAGCAGCACCACCACCUCGUUUGGCACCCUCGCAAGUCAGAACGCUCCGACUUUUGGAUCUCUGUCCCAACAGACUUCCGGUUUCGGGACCCAAAGCGGAGGGUUCUCCGGCUUUGGAUCAGGCACAGGAGGAUUCAGCUUUGGAUCAUCUAACUCGUCUGUCCAGGGCUUUGGUGGCUGGAGAAGCUGAGUGGGUGUCCGUGUCCCUUUCAGUUCCUGUGACCAACUGGCUUCUCAGCUCCUCUUCACUGAGAAACACUGAAGCAGUCCUUUAAAGUGGUCAUUCUCGUUGAGACACCCCCAGAAAGAAACCAGAACUCUAGAGACGCUUUCUGUUUUAUAACUUCGUGUUGGUUGUCCCUUCCCCAUCCCCACCCCGCUAUUAAACUGUUUGGUUUGUUUCCA